AUGCCAUUCUACUACAAGCAUCAUGGCAAGGAGCCCCCAAACCAGUGGGUUGCCUUUUGGCGAAAGGUGUAUAAUCCGCUUGGUUUCCAGAAGGGCUACAACUUCCCGCUCUGGUUCGUGUUCUGUGGCGCGGCUCUGGGCUUCUGUGCCUCUCGCGUAAUGUAUUUCGACUACGACAAUCAGUUCAAAAAAGCCAACCAGAUCACUGGUAACUGGUUCUACAUGUCUCAGGGCGUCACUCGGACUGCAACCAUCAUGCACCUUGCGGCAGUAAUCCCUACUGGCUUCCUCGUCCCCCUUCAGUUCCUCCCCACUGUCCGAUACAAAGCCAUGAUUGCCCAUCGUAUCAUGGGAUACAUCCUUAUCAUACUAUUGAUCAUUGGCAAUGCUGGAGCUAUUAUAAUGGUGCCCCGUUCAAUGGGAGGGAGCCUUGAUGUUCGGACUGUGGUGGGCAUGCUGGCCAUUUUGACGACGGGCGCCGCUCUGAUAGCUUACGUUAACAUCAAGAGGCUUCAGAUUGACCAACACAGGGCUUGGAUGAUGCGGUGCUGGUCAUACGCUUUCGCCAUUAUUACUCUACGACUAGUACAAGCCCCCAUUAUGGCCAUUGCGUCUCUGGUGGGCCAGACAAACGUUCCCAUGAAGUGCGAAGUGAUCAAUGCCGUCAAUGAGGAGAACGGUCCAAACCUCGCCCCGUACUUCUUCGCCGCUUGUGAAGCCGACCCGACUGCUUUCGUUAGCGUCAAAGCCAACUACUACGCAACAGCUGGUGCUGAUGGCAUCAAGCCUUUGCAUGAAACCACAGCUGCGAUUCAAUCCGCAUUCGGUCCGGCUGCUUUCCUGGCAUUUGUUAUCCACGCCAUCUCUGUUGAACUGUACCUCCACCUCACGCAGGCCGAGGCUGCCCGCCUGAAGCGUGUCAGCUAUGAAAGACAAAAGGCCAAGGGGUGGAAGAACCCUGGCGAUGCGAGCUGGCUCACCAAAGAGACCUGGGGUGAUAUGGAGGCGUUCGAUUACGAAAAACGGGAUACUGAAGAGCGUGCCAAGUCUGAUGGAGGAGCGGACUCCUCUCAGAUUCAUCAAGCGAACGAAGUUAACAACUCAACUUAG